AGCGGGCUGGAGUUUUUAAAGCAGGACAGUUGGGAGGUAUAUUUAUCUCCCUGUUUUCCCAGCAAGGUGGCUAAGCUAGAAGUGGCACAUUGCCCCCUGCCUAAAAUACAUGUUGGCAAAGCUCAUAACAGGAGGAUUGUGUUGUAGAUUCCAUAACGAGUCCGUAGCCCGCGAUUUCCCUGAGCAAAGCCGCAGUCAAGAAUCAAUUACCACUUUUCCUCCGUUUGAACCUGCCCCGCGGGGCAGUAACAGGCUAGGGUCACGUGAUUAUGAGGGCGUCGAGGUCAUUUUGUGAGCCCAUUCAACUCUUUGCCCUGAUGCCCUGAGGUGAUAUUGUGCCACAGAUCACAUGUUCUCCACAACAUUUUUAGAACUAAAGGCUUCGCUAUUCACAGACCAGGAAGUGGUCAUGUGACAUCUCUCAAUGGUAAUAUGGUGUUGCCCGGACACAGACACGUAUUCGGAUCUGAUCCAAAGCAACUGAUCUGCAGGGAUAUGCUAAAGUAUUUACUGCUUUUGCAUUGUUGCCUUCAUAUUAGUGCCAGGAAUUCAUUAAAUGAUGAUUUAUUAUCACCAUAUCCACUACAUUCUAAGCAUGGACCAAGUCAUAGUCAUCGUCAAGUUCGAGAUUGUCAGCCUGUUAUUGAUGGUAAUAGAACACAUGAAGAGUGGCCCAGCAGUAAUUCUACCAGGCUCCCAGUUUCUACCACAAGAACCUUUGAAUCAAAGUUUUCCUCUACAGGUGGUAUGAAAACAGUGUAUGGCCAUUUCACAUUCAUAAGUAAUCCUUUGAGGUCUUUCUCUGUAUUGGAACCUGGAGGACCAGGUGGUUGUAGUAAGAAUUUGACAGCUACUGUUGAAGAAACCAUAAAGUAUGGAAACUGUAUUGUGGCACAGAAUGGUGGAUAUUUCAGUAUGGAUACUGGUAGUUGUAUUGGGAAUAUUGUGAGUGAUCGAAAACUGGUACAGAGUGCCAAGGGCAUCCAAAAUGCACAGUUUGGCAUCAAAGCUGAUGGCACUUUAAUUUUUGGGUAUCUCUCUGAAGAGCAAGUCUUGGAAACAGAAAACCCCUUUGUGCAAUUGUUGAGUGGAGUUGUAUGGUUGCUACGAAAUGGAACGGUUUACAUUAAUCAGAGUAAAGCUGCAGAAUGUGAUAAAACUCAAACUACAGGUGACUUUGAUCACUUUAUUAAUGUGAUUUCGGCUCGAACUGCUGUGGGGCAUGACCGAGAUGGUCGACUAAUUCUUUUUCAUGUAGAUGGACAGACAGAAGAUAGAGGACUGAACUUGUGGGAAGUGGCUAACUUCUUAAAAGACCAAGGUGUUAUUAAUGCAGUAAACCUGGAUGGUGGUGGAUCAGCAACUCUGGUUAUAAAUGGAACCCUCUCCAAUUAUCCAUCUGAUCACUGUACCUAUGACCCAAUGUGGCGCUGCCCGAGGAGCAUCUCCACUGUAGUGUGUGUUCAUGAACCUUUUUGUGAUCCCCCUGACUGUUCAGGUCAUGGGCAAUGUGUUUUGGGAGAGUGCCAGUGUACAGACUUUUGGAUUGGGCCUGCUUGCUCUGUUCUUAGUUGUGGCCCUUUGAACUGCAAUGCACAUGGAAACUGUACUGAAGGUGGAUGUGUGUGUGACCAGGGCUGGAUUGGUACUGACUGCAAUAUUUCUUGUGUACAGGGUCAUUAUGGUCAUUAUGGUGAAGGAUGUACAAAGAAAUGCCCUUGCCAGAACAAUUCCACAUGUAACCACAUUGAUGGGUCCUGCCAGUGUUCAGAUGGUUACACAGGAUUGCAUUGUGAAGAAGUGUGUCCUCUUGGGUUUUAUGGUGCAGGAUGCCAACGUGCUUGCCAGUGUGUAAAUCAGUGCUAUUGCCAUCAUGUAACUGGAAGCUGCAAUAUUACUGAAGAGCCCAGAUUAAGUGAACUGUCAUCAAAAGUUGGACAGUGUAUGGAAACCCUGCUGUGUACAUCCUUGAAAAACACCCAGCACUCAGAAACUGCAGUAAAUAUUUUUACACCGUGGACAUGGGUUAUAUUAACCUGUACCCUUGGUUUUCUACUUGUAAUCAGUGCUGCAUUCAAUUUGAAACAGGUGUCACAGACCCGGGUUCGACAAAUAGAUAGCAAGUAUUCUUACCACCAGCUUCUGGAGGUUAAUGGAAAUAUGGAGGUAGCUGGGAUGCUUGACCCAUGGGAUGCAAAUCAAGAUGGUACCUAAGCAUUACCUUCUGAGGCUGCAAGUCGUGACUUGUAGUUUAAAAACAACAAAUUCUACUCUGCUUACUGAGCCACACAAAAACUGUGCCUUGAAUUCACCCCUAAAUUGGGGUGAGAAGCCUAAAAUGUAUUACGCACACAAAAUCUCUCAAGCCUGCAUAUCCAGCAAGGUACAGCAUUCAAAUAAACCUGCCACACAUGUGACUUUGUUGGUGGUUGGCUGGAAUUUCUAUCUACUGUAAUUAUUUUACUUUUUACAGAAAUACUUUGCACUAUAAAAUGCUUCAGAUUUUCUUUUGGGUUUUUUUUCUUUUUACAUUUACCUUUACCUAAACUUUUUAAUAAUUCAAAAGAAUGUAAUGUAUUGAAAUAGUUUGUUAAUGUAUGUAUAUGCUGUUUGUUGUUGUUGCUCAGCGUACCAAAAAUAAUUCAAGCCAGGAGUGAUCUGGGCCAUCCUAGCCCCCUGAGGCAGCAGAGCCCAGAGGCUUUCAAUCUUCCUGCCUCCCCAACUACCCACGCUUACAGAAGUACAACCCUGUUUGCAAAAAAGUUUACACACUGUGUAAAAUGUAAAUAAAAAUAGAACAGGCUGAUUUGCAAAUCAUGUAAACCCUAUAUUUAAUUGCAAAUAGAACAAAGACAACAUAUGAGAAACUUUUUCUGAAAUAUAUUUGCUCAUUUUGAAUUUGAUGCCAGAAACAUGUUUCAAAAAAGUUGUGUGAGGGGAUUGUUUCCCACUGUGUUGCAUCACCUCUUCUUUUAACAACACACUGGGGAGACCAAUUGCUUUAGUUUUAGGGUUAGAACCAACAAAGCUGUUCAUCGCCCAAGAUAUUGCAGGCAAAUAACUGCUCCAAAAUGGCUUUCCACUGGCAACAAUUGGAGUCACCAGUGGAAAGUUCUUCACUUUGUUUUCCGAAGUUGCGCAAAGUUGCCUGUAGGAGGAAACUUUGUGCAACUUCAGAUUACCGAAGCAAUGGGAAGGGCUUUCGAACAGCGAGAAAGCCAUUUCAGAAUUGUUAGUCACCGUGAUAGCAGAGAUCUAUCUUGGGUGACUGAAACCCUCAGUAGGUUCUUUUUUGAAACAUGUUGUUGGCACCGAAUUCAAAAGGAGCAGAUAUUUUUCAGAAAACAAAAUGUUCAUUUUCCACAACUAUUUUUUGGAAACUUGCUGUAUAAAAGCCUGAGUGGGGUCCUGAUUGAAUUACACUUGCCAUAUUUAUGUGCAAAAUAGAUUUAUUUCCCAUAAUGGAGGGGGGUGCUAUGAAGAUUUUACUCUGGGACCACAAGGUUCUAGUUAUACCAGUAUUCAACUCUAAAUCAAUGAAUAAAUCCCUUUUGAAUUUACCAGAUGAAAUUGUAUUCGAGAUAGCUGAAUAUAUAUGCUAAAGUUAUGGUGUAGCUUUGGCUACUUUUCUUUCAUUGGUUAGUUUACUGAAAGAAAAUAUGCUUUAUACUAGUGUUCCUAGGCCCCCAAGCCUCUUUGCUAAACAGUAUUCCUCCCCAUCUCCACUCUGUUUGCCAUAGGACCACUCCGUGUUUACUCCCUAUCAAGCUUUUCCUGUAUGAUGAACACAAGGAAACUGGGUUACGGUGAGACAUCAUGUACUGCAGGUCAAAACCUGUUUGAUUAUAUUUUUGACAAGCAAGUCACAGCUUUUAUGCUUGGUUUACACAAGAUGUUUUGUCAAAUAUUGUUCAAUGCCAAAAUUUUCAUAUGUGUUUUAUCAUUUAUUAAUUUCUGAUUCAGGGAAACAAUUACAGCAGAGUUUUUGCAUACUGCAAUUUUGGUCUGAUCCUUCAAAAAGGACAACAGUCAGAUUCCAUUUGGCUCUGUGGUAUCAUGUGCCAUUUAUUUUCAUUAAAGGAAUUGGUAUACCUGCUUCAGCUAAACAAGUGUUAUAAUCCGUCCCAGCCACUUGUCCUGUUUUCAGCAUCUUAUGGGUGCAGGAGUAGGAAGUUGCUCAGUCUGGCACAGAAGCCAUGUUCUGUCCAAGCCAAGGCAAUGUCACGUACAUUUAAAGGGGCGGUAUGCACCUACGUAGAUACACCUUUUCUCAAUAUGAGCACAAAAAUACAGGACUAUUCCACAUUUAUUUCAAUUCAAACAAAAUAUUUUCUAAUUUUUUUUCCUUGAACUACCCUUUGAGAUAAAUAGAAGUUUUGCCUGGGGACCUGGUAAUUUGUUUUACAACCCACUCCUCCUCAAACAGUGACUUGACGUAAGUUGGGAAAUGAAAGUGGUUUCGGUUUCUUCUUUUUUUAAAAAAAAUAAAAAAAGAAGAUUCUUAAAUCAGUAGGCAAAAUAUAUGAUUACCACAAGCUCUAUUCAUAGAGCUCAUGUUCACAAGGAAUUAUACCCCUAAACAUUGCUGGUCUCUAUACCAAAAUAUCACAUAAAACUUUGUGCAAACUAUAUUUUAAUAAUAGUAUGUGCCAUUGGGUAAUCUCAUAUUGUGUCACUGCCAUUUUACAUACCAAAGUUUGUUCCCCUUGCUUGUAUGAGGCUCUGUGAUCACAAACAAAUCAUAGGCACACGUACAUGUGUUCCAUCAGCCAAUGAAUAGACAGAACUGUGCAUUUUACUCCCACACUUCUUCCUGUUAUAGUCGGAACAUCCAUUGCACAAAACAGGAGUCUGCCCCUGUUUUGUGAACUACGUUAUAAAUUAUUAGGACAAAGGGAUUUCAAGAAAGCAAUGUAUAAGAUAGAUAUAGAGCACCUGGUGGCUGCAUUAACAUUUUUCUAGUUAAGAUGGUAUAUUUUAUUUAAAUAAUAAAACCUUGUUGCACUUUUUGAACUGUUGAAAAGUUGUGAUUUUAAUGUACUAAAAUAAUAUCUUGCAAUGGAGUUUGUUAUGCUGUGCUUUUAAAAAAUGCCUUUACGGAGUAUGUAAUAAUUUAUCUUUUAGAAUAUGAAGACUAUGCAUAUAUUGUUUGUAAUUCUUAAUUUUAAAUUCAGCAUAGAUUUUGAAGUAUUAUUAAAUAGUCCAAAAUGUCAUUGCCUUAUAUUUAUAUACAUUGAAAUGCCAUUCUGAUGUCAGAUGUUUACUGCUGAAGAAAAAAGUGUUAUGAGACAAGAUCUACAUUUGUUAAGACAUUAUCUACUUAAAACCCGAUGUAUAUAAUUACCCUCUUUAAUACAGUCAUUUUCAAACCAAAAUAAAUACCUUUGUCACUUAAAAA